AGGAUGUAGCUGCCUACUGAUCAACACCUCGCACUAUGAACGUGGAAACUUCAACAAGCUAAACCUUCCACCUAUCAGAUGGAGGCUGAGCGAGAGCGGCUGCUGAGCCGUCUGAAGAAGGAGAUAAAGUUGCUGAUGGAGGAGAGCGUAACAAAGAAGAUAAUCCACGAGGACAGCUCCACGAUAGCUUCCCUCUGUAUUGUCCUGGAGCAGUGCCUCAUUCACGGGUACAAAAAACCGACUGUCUCUCUGUCCAGUCUCCCGAUUUCCAUGAAUGUACUGACAUGUCUAGCCAAACACGAUGAAAUUGCCGAGAAAACCCUGAAACAUGCCAGCUCUAACUUCAGCUACCGAAAAGCGAACAGUUCGGAUAACCUUAGCGCUCGAUUCAAGAGCAAGAGUCUGGUGGGACACACCCCGCGUUACAACUGGAUCAGAAUAUCACUGAUCGAGAGAUCUAUUGUGGACCUGGUGAAAUCUCUCAUGGUUCACUGCUUGAAGCUGUACCAGGAGGAGUCCUUGAUAAGAAACUAUGUUACUGGACAUCUUUUUGUGGACUUGUUGAGCGGGUUAUCGGCGCUAGAUUACACCAAGACCAAAACACCAGAUCACUUUUGGAGUGACCCUCCUGCUGAGGAGCUGAUUGAGAGGCGAGCUGCGAAGGGAGACCAGCGUCGGCAUCAAAAACACCCCAACUCCUCUCUGACAGUGUGUACUCCAAGCGCUCUGCACUAUGUCACCGACAACGACCCUUCUUCCUGUCACGCUCGCAAUCUUGUUCAGUCUCUCUAUCAGAGCUCAAGUAGCGCUCUUCUCUUUGGUAAAAACAACGUUACGGUACAAAAACCAGAGGGUGACUAUCAGACGGGUUAUUUGGCACUACAUCAGUCCGGCAAGAACUUCUUCAUGAAAUGGAUGAGCAAGAGGUUUGUAGACCAUAAAGUGGACCCCACUUUCUACUGGGACUACUCAUGGGUAGUUUAUCUGGACGAUGUGGCCUAUAUCCACGCGCACCCCUACGAACGCGAGGGAAGUGUGGUCCUCAUUGGUCACGAUGGAGUUCAGCGUCCACCGGUCCUCUUCCCCUCGCAAACAGCUUUGGUCGACUUUCUAACCUGUCUAGAAGGAGGGUUACUGUCUGAGAGCUUCAGUAUGGAACCGCGUGUCAGUAUGUACCUCACACCUCAGGGAACCUUUCCUCCGAAGAGCGAUAAGAAGAAAACAGCCAAGCAAGCCAGCUUCUUUGUGUUCCAAAUAAUCACUUUCAUUCCCGAGCAACCGGAUGAAACCAGAGAUGCUAAGAGGAAACGAGAUUCGAUAGGGAGUGUUCAGAGUCUCAAUUCGAAUCAGGACAAGGGGAGUGUCAAGAAGACCAAAGAGGGAGGUAGCGAGGAGAGUAUGUCCAUUAACAGCUGUGAAACAGAAGAUUUUCAUUUACCUACACGAAUAGGCGAAGUGUGCCAGACCAUGCGAUAUCAGAUUCUCUCGAGAAACUUUUACGGCUGGCUAGCGUAUUGUCGGCAUCUCAGUGAGGUUCGCAAACACCUCUCCAUCAUGGUUUACAAAACACGAACUAUCUCAUAUCUUGAUCUAGAGGCGGGUGUCACCCCUGAACUUUGGGAAUCGCUACACGAUUGUGACGUAGUGAACGACAAGGAACGGGUCAUGUACUACACAUACUACGGAGGAAUCGAUCCCUCAGUUCGACCGGAAGUGUGGAAGUAUAUCCUGGGGCACUACAGUUUUGGAGACACCCCGGCGGUUCGGCGCCAGAAGGACGAGGAGGAGAGGGAGGAGUUUCAGAGGCAGGUUUGUGUGUGGGAGAAAGUGGAGCAAUACAUAUUAUCUAAUGAUAAGAGCAAGUUUACUGCGGUGCUAGAUGAGACUUUUGAUACUACUUCAGUUAAGAGUGUCGUUAAAGAGGAAGUUGACAGUGUAGUCAGCUUGGAACCGGAGGAGGAAGAUGAGGAGCUUAAGAGUGCCCGCAGCGGGUUGACGUCUCCUGCAAGCGACGCGUAUCUAUCUGCUACCCAAGAUGAGGACGGGGAUGAGAUGCCUGAGGAAUGUGUCAUGAAUGGGGUUGAUCCCCCGGGAAAAAAUGGAGUCGAUGUUAUUGAGAAUGGUGUUAUAAUCCUUGAAAACGGUUGCCUACCACCAGAUACGGUACUGAUAAACGGUGUUGAAUAUUCUGAUGACAAGAUCGCUUCUAUUGAUUUGAACUUUCAUAGGAUUGACAAAGACGUACAGAGGUGUGAUCGGAACUAUUACUACUUCACAUCCGCCAAACUGUCCAUACUCCGACGAAUAAUGUGCACCUAUGUUUGGGAAAACCUUGAGGUUGGUUACCGGCAGGGAAUGUGCGACAUCCUGGCUCCCCUCUUAGUUAUUCUAGACGACGAGACUCUUGCUUACUCCUGCUUCAAGAAACUCAUGGUCCGAAUGAACAUGAACUUUUUACACAGCACGCUGAUGGACGACCACUUUGCGAACAUGAGGUCACUAAUCCAGAUACUGGACAGUGAACUGUUCGAGCACAUGCAGUCCAACAGCGACUACUCCCACUUCUACUUCUCCUACAGGUGGUUCUUGCUGGACUUCAAGCGAGAGUUGGAGUAUGAUGAUGUAUUUAGGGUCUGGGAAGGAAUCUGGUCAGCAUACCACUGUACUUCCAAUCACUUCACUCACUUUAUAGCGCUAGCACUGGUCGAACACUACAGGGACAUCAUACUUGACAACAAUAUGGACUUUACUGAUAUUAUCAAGUUUUUCAACGAAAUGGCUGAAAAACAUGAUGGCAGAAAGAUUUUGAAUAGUGCGAGGCAGCUUGUACAUCGGCUUCAGAUUCUUAUCGAUAGUUAAAGCUUUGUUCGCCAGUUCUUGAUUAAAAUCGAUGAGAAAAGUGUAUUUUGUUCAAACUUUGUUUAUAUGUGAACAAUUAACACCCUCAUUAGUCAGUAGGUUGAACGAAUAAAACCCAUAUUUAAUAUUGUGCUAUUUGGCGAUGAUUUCUGUAAAUAUUGCCUCCGCCAAAUUGAAGACUAUACCACUUCUUUGUAAUUCUAAAACCAUUGUAGACUUAGACUUAGAUCCAUUAUUUUUUCCAAAAAGGAACGACACAAAAAUGACUGUUUUCCAUGGCUCAUAUUACAACGCAAUGAUAACUGAUUUUGAAGAGACAAGAGAGUUGCCGUUCCUUUUCGGACUAUCAUAGGCAUUUAAAUGAGACUUAAAGUUAAAUAACCGGAAGAUUAAAACUUUAUCAAGCCUGAGUAUUUCAUAGGUAUUAAACAGUAUUUUGAUUUUUAAAAGCUAUGGAUUACAGCCCUCGAAAAAGGUAUUUUCAGGCGGAUUGGUUGCUUUUUGCUGUACAUAGAUUUCUAAUGAAAGCGUGCAACCAGUAUAGUAUUUACACACUUGCAAAUAUUAUUAUUAUUAGUAAGCAAUAAAUUAGAUGAUGUCAUUAUGAAAAUUAUUGGCUUUAUUAUUAUUAUCAACUUAAUAAUAUGAGUCUGAGAGCAGUCAGUGUUCAAAUGAAAUUUAACUUAAUGCCUGGCAAGUCUGUGGAUGUAGCGAUAUUAUAUUUUCAGAUAAAAUUAGACAGUUCUAUGCAAUGGUUAUUUUCCCGUUUAAAUAUUCUAGCAAGCUAGAGUUUUAAUAACUAUAAAAGUGGAAAUAAUAUCUACAUCCAUAGCUUGAAGUUCAGUUAAUUUAUUUUAACGAAAUAACAUAUUUGAUAAUAAAUACACCUCUAUUACAAACAGAAUGAAGUUGGAAAUUUGUAUUCCUAUUAGUGCUAGAUUGAGAGGUGUAUGACAGUGAAAAGAUAAACUUGGACAUUUAAAUUAUUUAUGAGUCGUUUCAACUGUUUAAUGGGGAACUGUGUUGCAGUUCGGUUUAGAAAUUACCCGAUUGUUCUCACGCUGGACGUGAAGUUGCUGGUCGUUUGUGUCGAGACACUUGAGUUGUGAUCGUGAGAUGCUGAUUUGUCCAGAUUAAUUGGCACUUAGCCAGUAGUAAUCACGUGUCACAACACAGCUUCUUGACCACAUUUUUCAGUAUGACUAUUAAAAUUGCCAUCUUUGUUUGAGUAUAUAUAUAUUAAUAUAUAUGUAUAUGUUAAAAAUUAGUGCGCUGGCCGUGUAUUUUGUGUCUUUUUUUAUUUGUUUAUUCUUCAAGUGUAAAAUUUUCAUUUCUGCUUUAAUUCUUGACUUUAAUCGAUACCGGAUCCGCGGAUUUCAAUACGAUUAGAUUUGGAUUUUGGAUGUUGAUUGUAUGGAUUUGAUAUUAUUGAAAAUUAAUUGCAAAUUGAUCUAAUUUUAAUUCCCAUUUAUUGUAAUGUAAAAUUGAUGGCAUAGUGUCAUUCGAAGUUAAUGAAUUU